AUGGGCUGCUGGAACGCAGACGAGACUGAGAAGGCAGAGUGGGGAGACACGGAGAGAGAAGAAAGGGACAGAGGGGUAGGGGGUGAGGACGAGAGAGGUAUCCGGAGAUCCUCUUAUGGGGAUUUGGUGAACGGACGGAGGAGUACGAACCGAAGCAGUUCCAAGGCUUGGAGGGUGGGAUAUUUUGAAGACAACAGUCAAGGCUGUGUUGGACACCCUGAACUAGCAGCUGAGACUGUUCACAAAGUCACUACAGUGGAUGGCCUCACAAACGGAGGCCAGAUGGAAAUUGGUUCACAUGACCGCCUCCAGGAAGGAGCGUUGAGCUUGGAAUUGGCCAGUGUGGUGAAUCCCUACCAUAACGAAGAUGAGGCAUCUAUAGAAACAGAUGAACGGAGGGCAGGAAUUGAGCCUGAAAGGCAAUGCUGGGUACCACGGCAUAGCAACGUCAAUGACAGCCAACAGCAGCAGGCAUGGAGCACCAGUGGUGCCACAACCCCUGCUGAGAGGAUCCACCAUGCAGAUGUGGAAGAUGCCCAAAAUCUGGUGGCUUUUUCUGCUACUGCUAACUCUUUGCCUCCUUCUUCCUCUUCAUCUUGCAUUGUCGUGCAUCCUUAUACAGCCCAGUUAUAUGAAAAGUUCACCCAGGAGACAUGUGCUGAUGGUGCUCAUUCCAGAAUCUCUGCAGGAACUCCUGAAACAAGCUGCGAUCCUCUGGAAAACCUCGACAUCUUACAGACAGCACUGAGCCAAGCUAAACAUGGCCACAAGCCCCCUAAUUGCAACUGUGAUGGUCAUGGUUGUCCAGACUACCUUGAGUGGCUGGAGAAGAAAAUUAAAUUAGCAAGUAGAAGGGAUCAAGGGUCUCAAAAAAUAGUUGAUGAGGUCCCACAUUUGAAGCAACCCCAUUUGCAGCAUCAAGCUCACACCUACCAACAAGUGAAUGGUACCCAGCAUAUGUCCACUUCAUUUCUGCAGCAGGAGGUUAAUCAAUACUCUCACCAAGACCACGUGCCCUCCUCCAAACCCCCUAUUCCUUGCUCCCCCCAGGUGCUCUCCAUAGCCAAGGAAAAGAAUGUUAGUCUUCAGACCGCCCUUGCGAUAGAAGCACUGACACAGUUAUCUAGCCCUCAAACAGUCAGUUCCCCAGGUCAAACUUUAUUUAGAAAUAACUUCCAUAACCACCAAAACACACAGGACAUCACAGCUAGUUUGAUACCUUCCUCUUUUAAUAACAACUCAUCAUCACGGUCCCAGUCUGUUCCUCCAGGACCACAUGCGAACCAGCAGGUUCCAGCAUCGUGUGAACAACAUAGACCCCAGUCCCAGGGCCAGCCAGCCCAUGCUUCUCCUCUCCCAUCCUCUACCUCUUCAUUCCCGGGUCAGGGAAAAGCUCCAGGUUUCAGUCCUAAUCCCCAGCAGUGGAGGCAGGGCUCUGAUAGAGAUCCUGAACAGAGGAAUCCAUGGAUAUACAUGAAGUCUGAGCCCCCUUCUCACCUUGCGACUGUGCCUCCAAAUUGCUCAGAUCCCAUGUCAGAGCUUAAACAGUUGCUUGGUGAAACCAAGUUUAAAAAUGCUUCUUUUAAGCUUCCACUCACACAGCAGCUUAGCUUGAACCAGAAUGGUGGAAUUCAUGUCCAAGGCAGCCAUGGAUCGGCCAGGAUAAAACAAGAGCCGGACUCUGGUGAGCAUUAUCGUCACACUGCCUCAACUGGACAUUAUGAAAUGGCAAAUGGUCAACAUCAGGGUCAGCAUUACCCUGGAAAUCCGAUGUCUCCUGGCCAAGCAGCCAUAAGUCACUCCACUCAGGCAGCUCUGCAACAUCACCUUCAUUACAAGAGGAACCUGUUCUCUACUCACCCUACUGACUUUGGCGCACCAGGCACCCGUGCACCUACGACUUGCCAAAACUUGAAAAAAUGGUGGCCACAGAUGGAUGCAGAAGGUCUCUCACUUCCACCAAUCAAACUGGAACCCAAAAAAAGGAAAAACACACAAGGAUCUUCUGUUAUGAAAUCAGUGGGUGGUAUGCUUAUAGGUCCUCCCCUUUCCAAGCCCAAACAGAUAAUCAUUAAAAAGAACAAGCAGAAAGCCUCUAUGCCAACCUUCCUCCCACAGGCUCAAAUUGCCAUACAAAAACCACCAGUUCACAUGAUGGACAGAUCCCCAUCCCUGACUAAUUUGCAGAUAUGCUCUCUCCCCUCUUUAGCCCUUCUGUGUAACUCUGCUCAGGCUUCUGCUGCAGGUCUCCCUGCUCCAGAACAAUCUCAGGUAUCCAUUUCCAACACCUCACCAACUCCUUCUUCCACUGUUACAUCAGAAAAUGUUCCAGCUCUCAUGGACCUUUUGCCCACACCUGUGGUUCCUGCAGCCAUCACAAAUUUAGAAGAAGCAGGCAUCAGUUUAACCUCCACUAAUACCAGCAAUGCCACACCUGUGACCUCCACAGCUCCAUCCAGCACCUCGCAAUUGCAGAAACUCAUUAACAUAGAUCCAAAGUACGAAGAACUGAUUCGCCAGUUUGAGGCUGAAUUUGGAGACCUAGCCCCAGACACGUCCACAAGUCAGCACAAGGAGGAGACUACUCCAGCCCCUACACUAGAGACUCAAUCCCUGAUCAGUCCUCAGGACCUCAGUCUUACAUCAUCCAACACCACCCAGUCUGUUUCCUCAAUUCUUACUCCUCAAGCCAAUACCACACCUCAUUCAGAUGAUCAGAGAAUGAAAGUUAGCAAGAGUGACUCCGAUACCCAAAGUGAAUUAGCACUUAGCCAGCCGUCCAUAGAGGGCUCUUUUGGCCAUCAACAUAUGAGGUGCAUGGAUGUUUCUAUGAACCAGGAGACCACUUUAGACAAACAGCAGCUGCAGCAAAGAAUGUUAGAGGAUGCACUGGGCAUGCAAGACUCUCCAUUGCCUAAACAAAUUAAAUUUGAAGCCUCAGGAGAAUUAGCAGUACUAUCCACCACAUGCUAUUCUGAGGAGGGAACGCCAAUAAAAGAUGGCCUGAAUUCUUCUCCCUCUCUAAAAGGCUUUCUAGAUUCCCCUCUGCGCUACCUAGACACCCCCACCAAGAACCUGCUGGAUACACCGAUCAAGGACCCACAAUCAGAAUUCCCAACCUGUACCUGUGUGGAUCAAAUUGUGGAGAAAGAUGAAGGGCCGUACUACAAUCAUCUGGGAUCUGGACCUACAGUAGCCUCCAUACGAAGCCUGAUGGAGAUGAGAUAUGGAGAGAAGGGGGAAGCCGUUCGGAUUGAGAAGGUGGUUUACACAGGCAAAGAGGGGAAAAGCUCCCAUGGUUGUCCUAUUGCCAAGUGGGUGAUUCGUCGAAGUAGUGAGAAAGAGAAAUUGCUGUGUCUGGUGCGUCAGCGUGCUGGCCACCACUGUGCCAACGCAGUCAUCAUCGUCGUCAUUUUAGCUUGGGAAGGUAUUCCAAGAGCCCUGGCAGACAAGCUUUACCACGAGGUGACUGACACCCUCACUAAAUAUGGCAACCCCACCAGCCGGCGCUGCGGGCUCAACGACGAUCGUACCUGUGCCUGUCAGGGCAAAGACUCAGAAAGGUGUGGUGCUUCCUUCUCAUUUGGCUGUUCCUGGAGUAUGUACUUUAACGGCUGUAAGUACGCCCGAAGUAAAACGCCACGCAAGUUCAGGCUACAAGGAGAUCAUCCUGAAGAGGAGGACAAACUCAGGGAUAACUUCCAAAAUCUGGCAACUGAGGUGGCUCCUUUGUACAAGCGACUGGCACCACAGGCAUACAGCAACCAGUGUGCAGCAGAGCAGCGAGCUCCAGAGUGCAGGCUGGGUUUGAAGGAAGGCCGUCCUUUCUCUGGAAUUACAGCUUGUAUGGACUUCUGUGCCCACGCUCAUAAGGAUCAGCAUAACCUGCACAAUGGCUGCACAGUGGUGUGUACCUUGACUAAGGAGGACAACCGAAAAGUGGGGGAAAUCCCUGAAGAUGAGCAGCUCCAUGUGCUGCCACUGUACACACUCUCACUGACAGAUGAGUUUGGCAGUGCAGAGGCCCAGCGCCGCAAGAUGCAGAACGGAGCCAUACAGGUACUUCAAGCGUUCCGUCGUGAGGUACGCAAGUUGCCCGAGCCUGCUAAAUCUUGCCGGCAGCGUAGGCUGGAGGCCAAGAAGGCUGCCUCAGACAAGAAGAAAAAUAAACUCACACAACAGGCAGGGGAAACACCAGAGAAAACAGUGGUCAAGACUGAGCUCUGCAGCACCAGCUCCCCUCACCCACCGGGCAAUAAAGAAAUGAUUAAACAGGAGAUGAAGCCAAACAUCAAGAUGGAGCCCCUUAACGGAUCAAUAGAUGGAUACCCCGUGCAGGCAACAGAUCCUUUCAAUAACAUCUAUCAAAAUCCUGUCUACUAUGCAAGAGGAGCCCAUUCCCCAGCAGGCCAGCCCUCUGCUGCAGACACAGUAAAUGGCUACCACCCCAGCCUGCCUGCAAUGCCCUAUGGCUACUACAACUACCCCAGUGUUCUUUUCCCUCGUAAGCUGAGGACCUAUGAAGGUCGAAGUAAACCUGUCCAGGUAGUCAGGAAGUCUGACACUCAGAGUCCCCAGGAACAAUUGCUUCAGCCCUCCAACAGCCACCCAGAGCAAAACAACCAAUCAAACAACAGCGCCUACACCCAGCCUGCAAAUUAUAACCUGUCCCGUCCUUCAUCUGUCUCCUCUGAGCCAUCUAACAGAGGCACUCCACUCAUCAAACAAGAGCCCAUGGAUGUGCCAGUGUAUGAAGGUGCAUUGCCAAGCCAGGCUUGUGCUAACACAUCAAGAAGCACCCCCCAGCCUGCACAGUGGCCUGGGUAUAAGAUUAAUGGAAGCAUUGUUUCAAACAACUGGGAUGGCCAUCUAAAUCGUAGACAAAGUCCUGAUGUUUCUUCUUUAAACCCAGACAAGCAGCAGUUUCACCAGCAUGCCCAGCAGCGCCAGUCCUCUCCCUAUGCUCAGCAGUGGAUAUCCCUCCCGAGCUCAAACCCCCCAAUAGCUCCCACCAAUCCAACACUCCAGGUACCUGCAUCUCCACCUCCAUCCCCUCACUUUGGCACAGGGCUCCAGGGUAACUUGUACCGAGGCUCUAUAUGCCAUGGUGCUCCUGCCUCGGGUACUCCACAAUCUGUUACCUCUCACUCAGGCUCAGUAACUCCAAAGCCUGGGACCCAAGGUCCAGGCACCCCAGUCACUGGCAUUCCAGGUCCACCCACCCCUGGCCAUGGAACCCCAGGCCCAAGUACCCCAGGCUUAGGGACUCUAAGACCAGGCACUCCAGGUCCAACCACUCCAGGUCCAGUUACCCCAGGCCCAGCCACACCAGGCCCAGUAACCCUAGGACAAGUCACCCCUAGGCACUGGGCUAGUCCUACUUCUAGCCCCCAGCCAAAUCCCUGGGGCAUCGGACCUGCUGCUUAUAGCCCUGGUUUGAAGCACAGCAAUCCUGCAGGAGGCUAUCCCGACAAGAUUUGGUCCAAGACUGGGGAGAAUCGGUGUUCCACUCCCCUUGGACUCCAAGAAAAGGCCUGGAAGUCUUGUGGAGGUUCAUAUGCAGGCAGCACCCCUUCCCCUGCACCCGAGGGUCGACUGUUUCCUGAUGCGCUGCAGCAGUCUGAUCAGGUCCACUAUGGCCCCUGCCGAGCUGAGAGUGACGUUGAAAGUUUCAAGCAUCAAGAAGAAGAGGAUGAGGUGUGGUCUGACAGUGAACACAACUUCUUGGAUCCCACAAUUGGCGGUGUAGCAGUAGCUCCAGCCCAUGGCUCCGUCCUGAUUGAAUGUGCCCGUCGGGAACUACACGCUACCACUCCUCUUAAGAAGCCUGAUCGUUCUCAUCCCACUCGCAUCUCCCUGGUCUUCUACCAGCACAAGAACCUCAAUCAGCCAAUGCAUGGCCUGGCUCUAUGGGAGGCCAAAAUGAAGCUGCUGGCAGAGCGAGCACUGCAGAGGCAGCAGGAAGCAGCUCUCCUUGGCCUCUCCCAGGAAGACAUCAAGACACUCGGGAAGAAACGCAAGUGGGGGACUAUGAUGGCAGGCACCAGUCCAGGACCUGGACAGUCUAAAGAAAAGAAAGAUGGCCUAGUGACACGGAUAUCUCCCACAUUCUAUACCACCUCUAUGGUUACUGUGUCUCCAUAUGCCUUCACUCGUGUUACUGGGCCCUACACCCACUUUGUCUGAGGUCAGACAGACGCAGAAAGACUGAAAGCACCAGAGUGGUGCAAUGGACAGGUAGAGAGGGUAAUGAGCAGGAGAAAUGUCUCUUUGCUGUUUCACAGUCUGGCAUCUCUCCACCCCCCACCCUCCAAACGUCUAUAAGGAGGAGGGGAUGUUUUUAUUGUUUUUACCUCAUGUCAGGCAGUGGUUUGGACUGCAGACACACUGCCUGUGGUGCUCUUCCUCUCUAAUUUCUGGAGAGGAACUCCAUUGCUUUUUCUUGUUCAUACAAUUUUAAUGAUUCUAAUUAUUGCUAUUAUGAUUGCUAUUGUUACUGUCAAUGUUGUUAUUACAUGUAUUAUUAUACUGAACACUUGUUUUUUAUUAUUGAUGUUUUCAUUAAUGUUACAUUAAUGGAAAAUAGUUUUUUGUUGUUGUUUUUAUCUUUUUUUAAAUCAAUCAGUCUAAGUCACUCAGACCAUUGCUUUGUCCAUGUUUGGAAAAACUAAACCAUUUUUUUGUUUUUUGUUUGAUUUUCUUUACCCUUGUCAAUCUACAACUCUAUUUACAGGAGGAGCAAGAAUCUGGCCAGUCAGACAGAAAAGUAACAUUUGAGAAAUUGCAAUUAUGGUUGCAUGUAAAAAUUUUGAUUUGUUAACGUAUCAAUAAGAAAAUGAUAUUGCUGAAUAAUCCCAAGAAUAAUCUUUGGAGCCCAAAGGUUUAAGGUUUCAAAUCAGGAAUAAAGUUAGUUUUUUCUCUUCUUCUAAUGCUUAAUCAAACAUUUUCAUGAAUAGCAUAAACUUAAUAAAUCAAAUCAAUCAUAAAACUAUUACAUGAAGAUUAAAUGGCUAGGUGUAAAGUGAGCGUGGUGAAAGCUGACUGACUCACUUUGUGGCUGUCUGUCUGCAGUUAGGUGAUGUGCUCCUCCUGUUUAUGUGUACUCCUCCAAUUUUCAACUGGUGCUCAGCUUCUGGUUCUGAUCAGUUUUCCAUCAGCUUCUCUUCAUGGCACUUGAUGCUGUAUUUUGGUGCUCAAAUCUGUCUCGAGCAGUGUUUGCAAGGGGGGGGAAUGAUUAUUUUGACAAUUUGACGGUAUUUGAGCUGGGGCCCCAAAAUGAAGGCUUUCAUUGUCUUAAAGACCCUGGGGCGAUAAAUAUGUGGUGCAAAGGCAAUUUUUAUUUUGCUCUUAAAUAUUGGUCCAUGCUUAACAUAAUUCUCCGCUGUCAAUACUGAGGUAUAAUGUUUUUUUCUUCACAGAACUCAAAAUAAGACAUCUUGCAAAUGCUGUUCGAGCCAGAUCUGUAAUUUCCACAUGGGUUUCAAGCAGGUGGUGCUCUUUAUCUUCCUACAUCUGUUUAUUAGGGAUGAAAACUUUCCAGAGUAAACUCUAGAGGGCAGCAGUGACUGUCAAUUCAACAAGCACUUGAAAUCCAUUCAGGAACCAGUGAAGCCUAGUUUUGCAGCUCUAACCACCCAAGGCCAGUAGAGGGGGCCAUCACACCCUGUUUUGGUGGCUAUAGAUAAGACUCAAUAAAGCUGCUGAAGCUGAUUAUUGUCCCUUUUAGAACAAAUCUGGAGAUGCAUCUGGAAAGUUCAUCCUGAGCUAUAGCAGAAGGAAAUAGUGUUGGGACUGCAGUGCUCAUGGUGCUCCUACACACACUUUGGUGCUGUCCUUUUAAACUUGAUAUACUGCAGAGGGCCCAGUCCUUCCUCUGUAUGGUGCUGUUGUCUUUGGGCAGAGCAAGGCAUGUCCUUCUGUGGGCACCUUGUUUCCACAGAGAGCCAAUCAGAUUGGUUGUUUUGGGGUUACAGCUUUGUCAGUGGGCUGAAGACCUGGUUCCUGUUGAGGAGUUUUUAGUGUUUAUAUUGGCAGACAGUAACAGAGUUCACUAUCUACGGCAGAAAAAGCACAGUCAGUAGUCAUGACAUCUCUUGGUAACACAUCAGCAGCACUUUCCACUGAGACAACAGUACUGACAAGUAAAGGUGAACCAUAGAACAUUACUGUAGCUUCAGGAAGUAGGCGCCAAAUGCAAAUCAAAUAAUCUCUCAGUUAGUGUACUGUAAGUGUAUGAGAAGGUGUGUCCAAAAGAACACAUUCAUACCCAAAACCAAUGAGAGACUUGAUAGCAUUUUCAGAGUACUUUGAAUCCCUUAUUUUUUACUUCCUACACAAUCCCAUAGUUUGCUUGUUACAAAUGAGAAGUGACAACUCCAUAAAAGAAUCUGAUUCCCUCCCCCAGAGUGCUCCAGCUCUCUACCUCAUGCCAUAGAGACACUGGUCACAAUCACAUCUUGCUACUGAGGGCAGAAAAUCCUGCAUGUCCCUUUGUGUGCUCUAGAUUUCUACACUCAUUUUGACUUGCUUUUUUUACUCUUAUUUAUUACUACAUUGUGAUGAUGAUGAUGAUUGUCUUUGAUGUUAUUUUCUUUUCCAUCUUUUUUAUAUGGCUAAGAAAAAUUGUAAAUAGAGAAGAAAAGAUUUAUAAAAGCACUUUUAAUCUUGAUUUUAAAGACAAAAGAGCCGAUUAUUGACAACUUGAAGCUUAUUUGUUUUUGUUUUUUUGUUUUUAAUUUUCUCAAGAGAGAUAAAAAAAUGUAAAUAUUAAACUAUUUAGGUAAGAUUAUUUAACUGGUGAGGAUAGUAAAUAAACCAUGAAUGACAUGGGGGUAUGUUUAACUCUUAGAAAGCCCUUCACAACACUUGGUUACACUGCUGAUGCUUUCAGAAGAACUGUACCCCAUGUCAGCCUGUAAAUGACAGAGUGUGGUUGCUUUUAGAAAGAUCAUUCUUGAGCCCAGGUAUGUGGCAGUUAGCUUACUCACUGUGGAGCCCUCCCCCACCCCUCUUUCCCAACCCCACUCAGUCACUCCACUAAAAGGAUACAAAUUAAGUGAAACCCCUGGAUUGCAAGUUCUAUGACCACAUUUCAUAUGAAUAAAAUUUGCAAAACUGGCAAGUGAAAGUCCACAUUUAUCUUCAUAUCGAGCAUAGGGAUGUGAAAAUCAAUGGCAGCAAUGUGUUAAAUCAGAAGAUGGUGUUUUAAUGAGGUAAGUGAAAGCCCGCUAAUUAUCCCCUCUUGAGUUAGAUCAUCAGGCUAAGGGCUGCUUCCCUGCUUGUGUAUACAUGUCUCUAAUUAACUUUUCUUGUGUUGCUUUUAUUUAAUUAAGGAUGUACACAGCAGAAUUAGCAUGAUGCUGACCGGAGUUCAACUGGUGCAACAGCAGGACCUGUUUUACCAUUUAACCUUAUUACAGAAUUCACAUUAUACUCUUAAUGGUGCUAAGGAUGUUCUGUCCAACAUUUUUCAUCAAACUUUGUAAGUGUCUCACUUUCUGUUGGAGGUUCUCAUGACGUGGGGAUUUUAUGAGAUGUGGGGAAGGGGGGGCAGGUCAGACAGAUGGUGCUAUGAUGUUAACAUCUUAAUAUUCACUGUGUAAAAACAGAAAAACAUAGGACAAAAUGCAAAAUGAAUACCACAAAUGUUUUUUGAGCUCCUCGAAUGUCAAUAAAACUGUAUUUUUAAUUCAAGCAGUUUUAAAGUUCAGGAAGCUGCACCUGGUGCUUACUUUAUGAAAAAGUAUUUUGUUACAACGCUACACAUUUACAUCUCUUUCUACAGGCCUGGAGGGGCUCUCGGACAGCUGGUUAAAUCCUUUAUUAAUAUUCAUUCCAUAAAUAUACUUUAAGCCAGUACAUCUAGGAUGAGAAGUAGAAUCAGAAUAUAUGAGGACUGUUAUUUGGGGUUUAUAUUUGGUAGAGUGAGUACCAAAGGCUAUUAGAAUCAUCUUUCAAGGAUGUUGUAAAUGUAAAUUUUAGAUGAAUGCUAAGGUAUUUGAACAAUCCCAGAAUUGUGUACUGCCUCCCUCUUUUACUCCUUUGUCAUACACUUCCUUUUCCUCAUGCCCAUCUUUUACUUCCUAACCUUAUAGUAUAGUUUGUUGUUCUGAACCACACAAAUAUAGAUAAAAAUGCAUCUACUUAUCUAUGGCCCAAUGUUGGAAAAUUAUACCUAAUUUACUGAUGACUCUAAAUUAGGAACAGAGACUUGAAUCCUGGCCCAGAUGAAAGAUAAAAAUUAACUUACACAAGUGGCAGCUACAUUCCUUCUUGAUUUGUAGGAUUGUUCUUGGUUCUUUAUUUUAUGUCAAUGAUGCAGUAUGUAAAAAAGAAGUGUUUUUGUUCAGUCUCUCUCUCUCUUUGUAGCUGUAUGGUGUAUCAUGUGAAUACAUAGUGUAUGUGGUUAAAAACCCCACCAUAUUGUUUUAUGUUGCGCGAUAAAUAAAAAUAUUAAAGUGAAA